UCUCCACCGUUGGGGCUUGGUACAGAGAGUGGCGAGAGGUCUUGCUGGCAACGGGCUGGUGUGACGCUGUGCAUGUGAGUGUCAGAGGGAAGGCUGCUGGGACUGCUCAUACAGGAGCUGCUGAACGCUUGGAGGUCGACCCCGGUCACCUACACAGACAUCUCGGAUUCAGAGCAAGACGACCGACUCGGGCAGAACAAACACAACGGGAAGACGAAGAAGACGAAGAAGAGGUCAGGACUGAGAGGGAGCAGGAGCCUGGUGCUGAGGCUGAGAAGAAGGCUAUUCAGUUGUCUGGGUGUGAGUGAACACCCUCUAGUGGAGCUGCUGACGAGCUGUCCUGCAGAGCUUCGGUCUGUUUCUAACCAUCCGUAUUUCAAGAGGUCUAUGGUCCAACGUUGAGCAGAGACCAUGUGGUGUUUGGAGCUGCUCGUACCGCUGCUGUUGAUCAUCAAUGAUGCCAGUUGCCAGUGGAACGUUUGGGUACCUCGGGACAUCUCGGCCAUGACAAACUCCUGUGUGGUCAUCCCGUGCACCUUCAUGUAUCCGUCUGGCAUCAGGCCGUACCGUGGCACUCACGGUAUCUGGUACUUCGGCCAGCCGUACCCUCAACUCUUCCCUCCCGUUGUCUUCAAAUCACGCACAGACGUCGUGCAUGAGAGCUACAAGGGCCGCACCAAGCUGCUGGGUGACCUGCACCAGAGGAACUGCACUCUGCUCAUCAACAACAUCGGCACAGAGCACUCGGGGAGAUACUACUUCCGUGCUGACCUCGGUGGAGCCAACAUGUAUACGUACCCGGACUUCUCUGAGCUCAAAGUUCUGGAUCAACCCAACAUCGACGUCCCUGAGGAGAUUGUCAGCGACGAGAGUCUGGAGCUGACCUGCUACGCUCCAGACAACUGCCCCGACAUGACUCCAGAGAUCCAGUGGAUGUACACCGACUACCUGCCCGACCCGGAGUUCAGCUCUGACUACCUGGAGGAGAGCAACACGGCGGUGCUCUCCAGCACCCUCACCUUCACACCCCGACCCAUGCACAACGGGCAGCUCCUGGGCUGCAGGGUCUACUACCCCAACACCACGCUGGUCUAUGAGAGGCUCAUCUCUCUGGACAUCAAGUAUGCUCCACGCUCCGUGUGGGUGAACGUGUCCUCAGAGGUGAUGGAGGGCAGCUCUGUGAUGCUGCACUGCGAGGUGGACAGUAACCCUCCUCCCAGGAUCUCCUGGAUGUUUGGAGACCAGGAGCUGCUGUGGGACACGGCGUCCAACGUCUCCCUCUCCCUGGACGACGUGACGCCCGCGCACGAAGGGAUCUACACCUGUCUCGGGGACAAUGGCUACGGCAUCAUGAACACGUCACUGUACCUGGCUGUCAAGUACCCUCCGCGCGAGCCGCUGGUAAAUGACUCCAUGACGGUACAAGAGGGAUCCACGCUGGCCCUGCACUGUAGCACCCAGGGCAGCCCGGCCCCAACCCUCACCUGGCUGAAGGACGGGGAGCUGGUGGGCACCAUCACCGCCGACGAGCUGUCAGUGCUGGAGAUCGUAGAGAUCACACCGCAGGCAGACGGACAGUACCGCUGCCUGGCCGAGAACGAGCACGGAAGAGCCAGCAGCUCCUUCAACAUCACCGUUGAGUAUGCCCCGGUCCUUCUGGAGGAGUCAAAGUGCACAGUGGUGAGGGAGGGUGUCCAGUGUGUCUGCAUGGCCACAGGAAACCCUGAACCCACCAUCGAGUUCUACCUGCCCGACCUGAACAUCACCAUCAACGAAACAGACGGCCGGUACAACUUCUACACGCACACAGACGGACAUACCUCCACGGGUAUGAUCAAGCUGCGGGAGAAAGGCGAGCGGGUUGACAACGGAGGCCCUGCCGUCAACGUCCACUGCAGCAUCUACAAUAUGUACGGAAGAGAGAGCGUACUCCUGGAGCUACAGCAGGAGAAAAAGUACAUGAUGGCAGUUAUAGUUGGCACCAUUGGAGGCGUGGCGGUCAUAGCCUUCAUCAUUGCAGCGGUCAGAUACGUCGGCCACAACAACAAGAAAGAGAAUGGCAACCCUAGGCAGGACGUGGUCCUGGAGAACCCAGCUUUGUACUACAGCGCAGUCAAGAAGGACAAACAAAAUCUGAGGAAGAAAGUGCUUAAGACAGAGCUGUUGGGCUCAAAGUUUAACUCCAUUCUAGAGGAGACUACGGGAGAAGACGGGGAUUAUCAACCUGUGGGCUCUAUGGCGGGAUUGGAGAAGCAAGAGCUGAAUUACGCUGCUCUGGAGUUUAUCGGGGCCAGGUCCAGGGAGGGGGCCUCAGGGAGGGGGGAUGAUGGCAGCAACUACACGGAAAUCAAAGCCAAAUGAAUCGCGAUCCUUCCCUGAUCCCUCGGCUAUGCGAGACGCAGUGGCAGCCCCAACACAUGUUCUGCCCCAUAAACUGUGUAAUAACCCCUCUUCCUCUACUGGAUUUCACCUUGCAUAUGAUGACUCCUUGUUUCUCAUUGUCACAUAUAAUGUAGCACUCGAUGCCACUACUCCCCCCCUCAUGCUGCCCCUCCUCCAUUGGACGCCCCUUCAAAUGCCAUCAUUUGGGAAAACUGGUACUUUUUUUUGGGUCGGAGCAUGACUCACUGGACAAUGUAAAAGAAAUUAAAUUUCUAGCCUCAGUUGUAGUACAUGGGUUCUAAAACAUGCAGUGUUAACCAGCGGCCAUGUUUAUGUUGCUUUCUCCAUGUUCUUCAUUGUGAUUGUCAAUGUUAUUGUCAAACGACAGACAUCUGAGCGCUCGCAUCUGUCUCAAUAUUUGCUCUACAUCUGUCUCUCAUAACUGUCACUGUGUCUGCCGCCAGUCGAAGCAUCGGGCAAGGAGUAACUGCGCUUUUUGUUCUCUUAUAUUUAUGUGUGUCUAUCAGCAGAGAGCAAACCUCACUUCUCUCUUUCCUUUGGUUAAUUACAUCACAAGAAAAUAACCGACUGAGGCGAGAGAUGGAAACGCAUCUCAGCAUCUUGUUUCCACAUAAUUGUAUUUAAUGCGUGGUGUGACUCCGUAGCCUCUCAUAAUAAAUGGAAAAAAAAGUCACGGUCACUUUUUGAUAAAAAUUUAAGAGGUUUUUGUAAAUUCAAGUGGUACACUGUCUAGUUCUGAAGAAUGUCACAUCUUCUUUCCAGCAUUUUCCAGUUAACUGUAGAAUGUGUUGAGGUUUUGGGGGAUUUUCCUGCACUGUGGCAAACGCAAAAUGUCUGUCUCAUCUUCUUCUCCCUAAAGCUUGGGUUGCAUACGGAAGCCCUGAGAGGCAAGUGAGAAAAAAUAAUCUGAGGAUCCGUUUUCUAAGUCUGAUCUAAAUUGUUUUCUCUCCUGUGUUUAUGACUUAAGAACAGCUGAAUAAAUUCCCUUUUUUUUUUCAUCUGUGAAACAGAUUUUUGGCAGGUCAAUUUUUUUUUCAGGGCAAAUAUUUCUAAGUUCAUUAAAAAAAGAAGUUUCAUCUGUUAAACGGGUGGGAAAAACAGUUUUGCCAGGAUCAUUUUUCUAAAUAAGACUAAAAGCAUUCAUGUUUUCCCUAAAGGCAGAUUAGCACCUAUUAAAAUAUACUUCUAGCCAAAAGAAAGAUAUGACAAUAAUGGUACAUAACUUGCUAAUACACAAUGUGUUCCUUGUGUUUAGAGUGCAUGGAGGAAUAAAACCUGAGUCCUAUUUAGAACAUGCAGCCUCUUGUGGCCGUAAUGAAUUACAACAACACUUUAUUAUUAAAGGUGUCCUGGAAAAACGUAUUUGUUUCACUCUGCUAAACUUUUUUCCCCACCCGUUUCACAGAUGACAUUUUUUUAAGGAACUUAGAAAGAUUAAACCUUUUUUCUUUCAUCUGUUCUUAAGUCAUAAACACAGGAAAGGGAACCGCAGAGGGCCAGCCCUACAAAUGCAAAAGUCUGUCACUGAGUGAGUGACUGAGUGAUGAAGUUACACGAUUGGUCAGCCGAGUGUCGGAGUUUCGUCGCUGGUCGCUGCUCUUUCAGAAUGGGGAACAAUUCUUUAUGCAAAUGAGUUGUCCAGCGCGACGCGUCCGGCUCCCGGAACUUGGACCGAGCUGUCAAACUAGGUGAUCUAGUUCUAAAAUGAAACAAGAUUCAGCAGUGGCAUAACCUAUUUCUCGCUUAAAAUGUUUUCAGGAAUAGAUUUUGUGGGGUUGUUUAGACGGAAUGUCAAAGUUUACGAGCAGCCCGCCAUGUUGUUUCCUGUUAGCAACGGCAAGCAGAAAACCAGGGACCAAUCAGGUGCACUCCGCGAUUGGGUACGUCACCGCUUGAACGGCCAGUUGAGAGGAGCAGCGUGUCCGCUAGUGUCCUCGUCGGACCUGGUGGACAUGUAUGGAUUUCACAUUAUAGACUCGACCACUGACUGUUUUUACAACAAUUUAGCCACAAAUUCACAGACUGACCAAACACGGUCCAGACACAUGCUUGUUCUCACUUGCCUCUCAGAGCUUCCGUAGUUCUAGCUCUCUGAUUGAUCAGGAAAAUACAGACCUUAAGCACAACAUAUUAGAGCAUGAGUGGCCAAAGUUGGAUCUCUUUUAGACAAUGUGUGUGUGUGUGUGUGAGUGUGUGUGUAUGUAUGCAUGUGUGUGUGUUCAAAUCGUGCUGAAAGAUCAUAGGACACUGAUCAUUGAUCACUGGGGUCUUUGGGAAGUUCGAGCAUCACUUCACUUGAUGCUUUAUUCUCACAGGGUUGCAUCAGAUGUUUGAAUGACAAAAAGUGAUGCUGACUAGCCCGCUGGUUGUGCUAUUCAAAGACAUUUGAUCAACCUGUGAUGUAAUAUCAAAAGCGCACUAAUAGUCUAACUUGAUAACGAUGGUGUCAAUAAUAUAUAUUAAUAAGAUGUAUCUUGAUAGGGAAUGGAUGCCAGUAUGUACAGUAAUUACCCUGCAUGACUGUUUUACCAGCAGGCACAUUUAAGUAUUUAAUUAUGGAUAAAAAGCCAGUGUGAGAAGUAAAAACAGUCUUGUCACACAUCAUUCAAAUACUUUUGACUGAACAUUGUCUUAAUAUGAGCUUAGUGAGUAGUACCAACCUCUAAAGUAGUGUGCAUUCUAGUCAAAGUCAAGUCAGGGGCUGUUUACAUGCAGGGAGUGACCUUCUUAUUGACUGUGAUUGUGGGUUGAUUUAAAGUAUAAUAGCUGUUGUGUUUAUCCAUCUUAACCAUUGAAAGGGAACUCCAGAUGAUUUAGUAUUGCACUUCCGUUAAAUUUAGUGACUCACAAUAGACUGUGUGUUCCAAUACCCAUACUACCAUACUAUUUAGUAUGCCAGACAAAGAUUUUGUAUGUCCCAAUACAUAGUAUGCCAAAAAUACCAGGAUGUUCUAUUACAUCCUGGUCACAUUUUGCAGUAUGCAAGCCAGCAUGCUUUUCUGACUAUUCUGACCCACAAUCCUCUGCACAGCGGAUAUAUGAGCAAGAUGGUCAAAGUUCAAGGCGCAAUUGUUAUGAUGAAGUAGUAAGUCACAAUUGUAUGAAUGCAACAGUAGGUACUUUGUGAGGGCAGCUGCAGUACGUUCUAAAAGUAAAAAGAAAAAUUUCAAAAAUAAAUGCCGAAUUCAAAGCAGCAGAGAUGUCCUGACUUUAAGUCCAUAGAACGGCUCAAGUUCCAAACCCACUGGAUCCUACAUUACCCACAAUAUAACAAUAGCAUCUUUCUGUUAAACCCUCCCUGCCUUUUAAACGCCCAUGUCUUUCAAGAGUUUGUAACUCUGUAUUUUUUUCAGACUUGACAAACUCUCCAGAGCAUAGAGCAGUUUUCGCAGGCUGAGCUGUACUGCGCAUGACAAAUACCUGACUUUUAUAUCGGCAAGUCAGUGGAGUUCCCCUUAAAUUUAUGCAAAUAGCCUCAACCCACCGAUUAGGCCACCGCUGUGCUUCUUCCACAGGUCAUGUUUCUCUCAAAAGUGCUUAAAAAUAACUCAUCGACACACUGCAGCCUUAACUGACUAACUGCAUGUUCUGCCAUUUUAAAGAAGACAACGGGCAAUGAUUGAUUGAUUGAUCUUUUUUAAUGUUUCUAUUUUCACUUUCAUUCAAUUAUGUAUGUAGUGAAAAUGAAAAUUGAUAUUUACUGUGUAUUGUAUGUUGGAUUGUUUUAACAAUGUUAGUCACGAUAAACAAUUUAAAUUUAAUCAUGCAAAACAAUUACCUGGUCCGUUUUCUCUGCAAGAACUUAUUUCUAAAAUACUGAAAGUAAUUUGACUUACAUAGAGUACUCAUGGAGUACUUUUCCAAAAUCAUUCCACUACAGUGUGUUUAACAUCAAGUAUGCAACUGGUCCACUGAUUUUCUCCUCCUAAACAGAUGUUGUUACACUGUAUGUGCUGAUGUUGAUAGAAGGCUCAAGUGGAAAGUGAAAUCAAGCUAGAGAUGUGCAAUGAUUGAAAGUACAUUUGUGCUCUAACUAAGGCUUUACAAAUGUACGUUAUGAAACAACGCCGCGCUGUGGCUGUCUCAUUUAAAAUGAUGGAUUGAAUUCAUCAAGGCAGUAGAGUGUCUGUGAGCUGUUUCUAGUUGGUUUUACAAUCAGUAAGAGUACAAAAUACAGCAAAAGGCCUCUCACGGUGGUACCUCCAUGUAUCGGUAGACUGUUAAUAGGCAGUAAUGGCAAUAUGAAAACUAAAUGACACUACGAGGAGUACUUCAGUUUAAGCUGUUUACAUGAACCCAAAUAAAUCUCUCUGCCAAAACUCCAGUUUUGAAUAAACCGUGUUGAUGAAGCCUCGAGCUGUCUGUUACACAGGGCUAUGAAACAUAACAUGACAUCAAAAUAUACCCAUAAUGCUGUGCGAAGUGAAGGCAUCUCUGUCACUAUUUUAGUAGUCUCAUAACAGUUACUGUUGUAACAGAAAAGUUGCUGCAUGUUUUUUCUUAUUUUAUUGGCAUAAUAUCUUUGGAAAUAAUUCCUUUGUCUUAUCCCGCCUCAAGUUGUGUGAAGUAUUCAAAUUAAACAUGUGAAGUGCAGAAUGAGCCAACUUUGUGUUAAAUUUGAUUUAAAAAAAAAAAAAAUCAGACUUAAAUACUGUAGAUUUUCUAAAAACCUGAGCAGGUCUACAAAAUGUAUUGUUAUGUAAUGCAAAAAGCUAAGUACCGGGUUUUUAGCGUUAUUUACACCUUGCCAAAACAGCUUAAAUGCAGUUCUCUGUACAUGUAAAGAAAGCUAUUAUCAACCAGCUCCUCUGACUCACGUUAGCCUUUUAUUAAGACAUUGUUUUGGUGACUUAAUGACGGAUACGCUGGCUAGCAUUCUUAAAUUGCCUGUAUGCACACAGUCAAUAACCAGUUCCUGUCUUUGAAAGCCUCACAUGUUUGUUUUUGUUUUUUUUAAGUAGAAAUAUCAAAUAUGUCUUACCUAAUCUAUUUGUCACAGUGUGCUGUAAAGCAAACUUGUAUGUCCUAUACUUUGUGGUGAUCAUAAUUAUCAUUAUGGAGAUUUUUUUUCCCCUACAUACAGUAUAUGAUUGACACAAUAAUUCAGAUCAGGGUUUUGCACUGUUACCUAAUGACGGUAGGAUUUCUGCAAUGAUGUAGUUCGCUUGCUCUGUUAUUUUAAACAAGUCUUUCACGCCUCAAGCAAAUUCAUCUGUCUACAGUUCCAUGCAAACAUAAAUAAAAUAAAAACAACA